AUGUCUUUCAAAAACCCCUUCAACUUCGAGUCGAGCCCUCCCUCGACUCCCAAUAAAUCAAAGGGACAAAGCACCUGGAGCAAUAACUCCACGACACCCGCCGGCCCGCCGCCCUCGAGCGCGAACUCGUUCACACCGCAAGGCCACCCGCAAUCGACCUUGCACAAUACCUCUCAACUCGGUCAAUCAACUAGCGAUCACUCCGGCUCUCUCUUCACCAAGUCCGGAGGUUUCAAUACCAACGACAGCAUUUUCGGUUCCUCGUUCGGGUCGACUGAUUUCGCGUUGCCUCAAAAAACCCAACCGAAAGCCAACGCCUUUACAGCACAGCCUCGCUUUGCGUCUGCGACAAUUGGAAGUCCUUUCGGCCAAUCAAUGAACUUCGGCCAAUCGAAUGGAUUCAAGUCGUCCAAGUUGAGUGAGUUCCACGAAGAAUACGAAGACGAACAAGAGGAACGGGAGCCCGAGGAGGACAUGGAGCAAGAUGCGGAGGGUGAACUAGAUGUCAGCACCCAUGGACCGGGCAGUCGCCUCAGCUUCCUUGAUUCGACCUUCGCAAACCCCUUGGCAACACAGCCAUUCCCCACGCAGCCGUUGCCCACACAGACCUUCACAGCACCGUCUUUCACUACACAAACUUUGCCCUCGCAGCAACUGCCGGCCCCGCAGACCCAGAAUCAGUCGCAGGCACCGCCACUUCUUUUCGGCCAGCAGCGCAAGUCCAUCUAUUCAAACCCCGUCGAAGCCAAGCGCCCGAAGCUGGACGAGAAAUGGGCCAACCAGUCACCUCUACGGAAAACGAAGCUACCCCCCAAGAAGGCCUCCGCCAUGCCCUCUAUCCUGCAUAACCUCGCUUCCCGAACCCGGGUCCCUCCGCCGGUCAACGAGCCCGCUGAUAUGAUCAUCAAUACGGAAGAUACACUGGGUCGCUUGUGGGAUGAGGUUCGAGAUGGCCCUCACGUCCAUGUUGAUCUUGAUUUGAUCCUGUCUUAUACUGCCAACAAGCUGGCGGCAACCUGGGAUAUUUGCGCAGAUCGUAGCGGUAUCACACGACCCUACGGUGCUGGUUCCAAGAUUGGCCCAGGAGAACAGGCCCCCAACCUUGUGAAAGCUAGCUUCCUUGCCUCGUUACUACUCCAAAUCCACCACCCCUCCCGUGCCUCUGCUCCGAUUGCCAGCGCCUCCAACCCAAUGGCCCGUGGUGCACCAAACAGCAUGGUCAAAGCUAUGCAGCGAGCCAGUGUUGCCACUCCACUCCCCCAGAUCUUGCUAGACUGGCUGAAUGGAAAUCAUGCAUCUCGAACAAAUGACCUCCAGGCUUUACGACAUGUGGAGCCAAAUCCAACUGCCUCCUCGAAUUUCUGGGAUAUUAUCAAUGCCGCUGUUCUUCGUGGUCGUUUUGCAGAGGCCGCGGAAACUCUACGCUCGGCUGAUUUCAACCACGCCCGAUCGGCCAUGGAAGAUGGUUUAACCCAAGCAGGCUACCGCGGUGUUCAACUACAAAACAUUCAGCGUUGUGUCAACAGAGCGUUGGAAGUUUUAGACUUCUGCCCCGGCUUCCAAGACGAUGACUGGAAUAUCACAGGGCCAGACUGGACGCAGUACCGAAAGCGGGUUCUUGCAGCCGUUCACGAUCUUGAAGAGUUUGCCGAAGGCAACGACAGAAAUCAAUUCGAGCCACCUGUAAAGGAAAACAAGUUCCAGGCCAUCAAUUUUGGCUUCAAUAAACCUAAUCCAAACCCCGUCAGCUUUGCACAGUCUGCGCGGAUGGCCGAAAGCCAGGUGCCAUGGAGCAUCUACCAGAACCUUCGUUCCCUGUAUCGAAUCAUUCUGGGUGACACAACCACAAUUAAGCUAUACUCGCAAGAUUGGGUGGAGGCGACCAUUGGGCUGACCGCAUGGUGGGACGGCGAGGAUGAUGACGGCGUGCCGAAUCUAGAUUUCCACUCAAGCACAUCCAGUAACGGCUUCCAGCGCCCUCGUGGAAUCAAAAACCAGCUUAGAGCCGUCGACCGGAACACGCGGGAUGCGUACCUUCGGCGUCUAGAUUUGGCUUUCAGCAGCGCUACCAACGAAUCAUCCGCUGAUAUGGGCUUCCGGGUGAACACGAUGAACAGCCUAGAGGUUGGAUUAGCAUCUGUAUUCGAAGGCAACGUGCAGGGUGCUUUGGAACUCGUCCAGACUUGGUCCCUCUGCGUCGCGUCUGCAGUUACAGAGGUUGCGACUCUUGGUGGAUGGUUUGAAUCCAGCGGGUCAGGCAAGAUGCCGGGGCUGAGCGAGCAUGACUUGAUGGUUCUUUCAUAUGGACAAGACAAUCAAUCUCCCGCUGAGGGGCUUACUAAAGAUGGUGUUCUCCGGACCUAUGCAUUUGGACUGAAUGACCGCGGAUCCAUUGAGAACGAGACUGGUGCUCGCCAGGGUUGGGAAAUGGCUUUGGAAGUCCUGAGCCGAGUCGAUGAUGCGGAGAUAACGAAAAAAGCCGUGUCAGAAGUCGUAAACCGUCUGCCGUUGGAAGACCUUGCUCAGCUGGACCGCCUUGUUAUGCUGCUCACCGAUCUUGGUAUGGAGGAGGAGGGACGACGAGUUUCUGAGCGAUUUGGUGACCAGAUUACCUCUGGGUCAGACGAGUCCUUGUCCUCGGACUUCGGCCUGGCUCUUAUUUGCUAUUCUCGUGCCCGCAACCAGCGCAAGGUCAAGUCCGUUGUGGAUUUGUUAAUUUCUUACAGUUUGGUGCAUUCACGUGCUUUCCCGGCUGCCGCCGAUUUAGACGGUCAGCUUUGGUCCUUGAUCAAAGACCCCAAGGUCUGCCUUUCAUCCAUUGCCUCUAUCGACGAUGAGGCUGCCCGGAUUCUGCAGUUCCAUAUCAGUGGGUACGCCACGUUACGCCGGUUCUAUGAAAUUCGAGACGAAGCCCUGGAGCUGCAGGACGGCCAGCGACCUAAAUUCAAACCCCUAGCCCGACGUCGCAUGGCCGCCAAGGCUCUCACGGCAGUCAUCAGCAGUGCAGCGGACAACAUCUAUGGAGGACUCUACGACCCGUCUCGCGACUCGGCUGUGCAGGUGGAUGGAUUGCUAGCCCUUCUUGGGGAGGCCUUGAUGUUUGUGAACCAACCAAGCCCAAUUCUGUCGGUCGCUCAACAAUUCACCAUUCUGUCAGCCAUUGAGGAUCUUGAAACGGUCACCCCUCGUGUGUUUGCUCAGUGUGAGGAAUGCUUCCGAUCUACACUGUUGGAGUAUCACUCCACCGAGCGCAACUCGCAUGACUUUGCACCGCCCUCUCCGCGCGCCUUAUUGAAGAAAUCCGUAUCGGCGCUGUCGGCGUCGACUUUCUCCCUCAUCGGGAAUGAUAUGCUUGAGUCAGCUCGUAACGGUGGCCCAACGUCGGUGAGUAGCUCAGGUGUUCUUGUGUCCCACCCCAGCGACAAGGAUGCGGGCCGAGCCCGUGGAUGGGACUGGCGAGUGGGACUUCCCGAAGCUACAAAGGGUGAAGAUAUUCUUCGGAUGUUGCGAACGGGGUUGGCCAAGGGCUUGAGUUACGGUGCCUUGGGGUCGGUUUGA